CUCCUGCCAUCAUCGCACUGCUCCCUUCCCCUCCCGCACUCCUCUGUACUUGACGACUACCAUUUGACGACAGCACAACACACAUUAGCAUCUAGAUUUACAGCAUCGCCGCGAUGUAUGUCUACAAGAGAGACGGCAGGAAGGAGACGAUUCGUUUUGACAAGGUCACUGCCCGUAUCGGCAAGCUUUGCUACGGACUCGACACAAAUUACGUGGACCAUUACGAAGUUGCCAAGAAGGUCAUUGAUGGUAUCUACGCUGGCGUGACCACCGUCGAGCUCGACAACCUAGCAGCCGAGACGGCCGCGUACAAGACCACCACCCACCCCGACUAUGCAGUGCUAGCAGCUCGAAUCGCCAUCUCCAACUUGCACAAGGAGACAAGAAAAACCUUUAGCGCCGUCAUCACUGACCUCUACGAGUAUGUCAACCCAAAGAACGGCAAGCACUCGCCGAUGAUCUCAAAGGGCACCUAUGACUCGAUUAUGAAGAACAAGGAGCAGCUGGACGGAGCCAUCAUCUACGAGCGGGACUUCCACUACAACUUCUUCGGUUUCAAGACUCUUGAGAGGUCGUACCUGCUGAGAAUCAACGGACGGGUAGCAGAGCGACCACAGCACAUGCUGAUGCGUGUCGCUGUUGGUAUCCACGGAGACGAUGUCGAGUCCGCCAUCGAGACAUACAACUUGAUGUCAGAGAAGACCUUCACCCACGCUUCGCCUACGCUGUUCAACUCGGGUACACCCAACCCACAGCUUUCGUCGUGCUUCCUGGUCUGCAUGAAGGACGACUCGAUCGAGGGAAUCUACGACACCCUCAAGACGUGCGCCAUGAUCUCCAAGACGGCCGGAGGUAUCGGUCUCAACAUCCACAACAUCCGAGCUACCGGAUCAUACAUCGCAGGUACAAACGGUGUGUCCAACGGCAUUGUGCCCAUGCUGCGAGUAUACAACAACACUGCUCGCUACGUCGACCAGGGAGGCAACAAGAGGCCCGGUGCAUUUGCCAUCUACAUCGAGCCCUGGCACUCGGACAUCUUCGAGUUCCUGGACCUGCGCAAGAACCACGGAAAGGAGGAGGUGCGAGCCCGUGAGCUCUUCUACGCCCUCUGGAUCCCUGAUCUGUUCAUGAAGCGUGUGGAACAGAACGGUGACUGGUCUCUCAUGUGCCCAGCGGAAUGCCCUGGUCUCGCUGAGGUGUAUGGAGAGGAGUUCGAGGCCCUCUAUGAGAGCUACGAGAAGCAAGGCAAGGCCAAGAGGACAAUCAAGGCUCAGAAGCUGUGGUACGCUGUGCUCGAGGCUCAGACCGAGACUGGCAACCCCUUUAUGCUGUACAAGGACGCUGCCAACCGAAAGAGCAACCAGAAGAACCUCGGAACCAUUAAGAGCUCCAAUCUGUGCACGGAGAUCAUCGAGUACUCUGCUCCUGAUGAGGUUGCCGUCUGCAACUUGGCCUCCAUUGCCCUCCCUGCCUUCAUUGAUGCUACCACGAAGGUGUACGACUUCAAGAGGCUGCACGCCGUUGCCAAGGUCAUCUGCAAGAAUCUGAACAAGAUCAUCGACGUCAACUACUACCCCGUGCCCGAGGCCAAGAAGUCCAACUUCCGCCACAGGCCCAUCGGUAUCGGAAUCCAGGGUCUUGCCGAUGCUUUCAUGAUCAUGGGCUUCCCCUUUGAUUCUGCUGAGGCAAAGAAGCUCAACGUCCAAAUCUUCGAGACCAUCUACCAUGCCGCACUUGAGCGAUCAUGCGAGCUAGCUCAGGCUGACGGCCCUUACGAGACCUACGAAGGCUCCCCAGCUUCGCGAGGUGAGCUGCAAUACGACAUGUGGGGCGUCACGCCCUCGGACCUCUGGGACUGGGCUGAGCUGAAGGAGAAGAUCGCCAAGCACGGUCUGCGCAACUCGCUCCUUCUGGCACCCAUGCCUACUGCCUCGACGUCUCAGAUUCUGGGCUUCAACGAGUGCUUCGAGCCCUACACCUCCAACAUCUACACGCGUCGUGUCCUCGCCGGAGAGUUCCAGGUGGUGAACCCCUGGCUGUUGCGCGAACUCGUCGAGCAAGGUCUGUGGAACGACACGAUGAAGAACCGUAUCAUUGCCCACGGUGGAUCAGUUCAGAACGUGCCCGGCAUCCCUGACAGGAUCAAGAAGCUCUACAAGACUGUCUGGGAGAUCUCACAGAAGACCAUCAUCGACAUGGCUGCCGACCGUGGUGCCUUCAUCUGUCAAUCACAGUCGCUCAACAUCCACCUCUCGGCUCCCACCUUUGGUCAGCUCACCUCGAUGCACUUCUACGGCUGGAAGCGAGGACUCAAGACUGGUAUCUACUACCUGCGCACUCGACCUGCUGCCAAUGCCAUUCAGUUCACCGUCUCUGCCGAGGAGCAAGCCAUGGCCAAGGAAGCCUCGCGAAAGGCCUCUGCCAAGAAGCAGAUCAACGGCAGCGGCACUGCCACACCUGAGAUUGCCGUCAUUGGCAACGGUGCCAAUGCAACGCCCGUCACUGCUGCACAGGUCAAUGGCAGCCUCGCUGAUGGCGUCGGCCGUCUUGGCGUUGACGGAACGGUGACUCGGGAUGGACCUGGCAUCAUCAAGGGCUCCAACUCGCCCUUUGCCCCCGCCAGCCCUGCAGAGAAGAUUGCCAUUGCCAAGGCCAAGGCUGUUGCCCAGGUCGAAGCCAGCAAGACGGCCGCUCUGGAGUCUGAAAAGGGCGCACAGGUAGACGAGGGCUUUGCUGCUGCUCUGGAGCGUCAAAGGCAGAGGCAACAGCAGGCCGAGGUGCUUGCUUGCUCUCUCGAGAACAAGGACGCUUGCAUCGCUUGUGGCUCGUAG